AGCAUUAUGAACCAAUAUUACCCAGAAGCACUUGUUCAGAAGUCUCAGGAAGCCAGAAAACAGGCAUACUGUCCCUACAGCAAGUUCAGAGUUGGAGCAGCUGUUUUAACAAGCAAUGGAACUGUGUUCACAGUGCUUGGCUGUCAGAACAGGUUGUGUCUCCAGUCAGCAGCAUUAUGAAUCAAUAUUACCCAGAAGCACUAGUUCAGAAGUCUCAGGAAGCCAAAAUACGGGCAUACUGUCCCUACAGCAAGUUCAGAGUUGGAGCAGCUGUUUUAACAAGCAAUGGAACUGUGUUCACAGGUUGUAAUGUAGAAAAUGCAAGCUACCCUCUUGGACUAUGUGCUGAGAGGACUGCUAUCUCUAAAGCUGUGUCUGAGGGAUAUACCAGCUUCAAAGCCAUCGCAAUUGCCAGUGACCUUGAAGACCGCUUUAUUUCUCCAUGUGGAGCCUGCAGGCAGUUCAUGAGAGAGUUUGGCUCUCAGUGGGACGUUUAUCUGUCAAAAUCUGAUGGAACUUACAAACUGAUGACAGUGGAGGAGCUCCUGCCAUUCUCAUUUGGCCCUGAUGACCUUGGGGCAAGAGAAAACACUGUUGGCAAUUCGAAACUGUAAUCUAAAUUAAGCUAUAAGCCAUGUUACAAACCAGAUGAGCAGAAUAAACUGAUUUAAAAUGUGUUUAAUGGAUGUAUAGUUGUAUUAUUUGCCA